AUGGACCGUCUUCCGCGGGAGCUGAUAGAUGCCGUCCUGCAGCAAUGCAUCGCCCACGGCCAAAAGAACGCUGUCCUCAAUCUCCGCCUCGUUUGCCGCCUAUUUGAUAGGAUCUUGAAGCCGUCUGUUUGCUGCACGCUCGGCUUGGACUUUUCACGAAUGAGCCGAGCCAGCCACCUGCGCCGACCUGAUAUAGAUGCCCUGCAGACCAUCGGCUAUCACUGCAAGAGCCUGUACAUUGACCUGAUGGUUCUCCGAGAUGAGAUGGAAGUCGAAUUCCUCGAGACAGUCUUUGCCCGAAUCCCUUCAAUGACAGACUUCUGCCAGACCAUGCACAGGAAAUACUGCAUGAACGAAAGCUCCUUUACCGAAGUGGAAUAUUUCAACAUGGUUGAGACGAUGCUCUUCUACUGCCGUGGCGUCGACGCCCUUCGCCUCAACCUUCCAUUCCAGCUAGUCGGGCGCCAUUGCAACGCGGCCACCAUGAUCCUUGCCAACACGCUCAAAGCCUUUGCCUGUCGCCCCGAAGAGGACUCGGCCAACCUGAGGACCCUUGUUCUCGAAAACGUCACCGAUGUCGCCAUAUGCCACCUCUGGAUGAACCCGAGGGAUGUCAUGAACAUCAUGGCCGUAGUAGCCGUGUUGGAACACUUGGUCAUGACUCUGCGGCGGCACGACGUUGAGCCUCAUCGAGCCGGUCUGUUUGGCUCUUGCCUUUGGGACAUGAUUGAGCAUGCCGACUCUCUCAAGUCGCUCUGCCUCGUGGGAAUGGACCACGACGAUCGUCCGCCGCGAGGGUUGAAGCAAACCAAGUUUUGGCAAUUACCAAUUGAAGAUUGGAGGGCACGGUCCCUACCAGCACCGCGGGUCUAUCUCUCCAAUCUAACCAGCCUCGAGCUCAAACGAAUGGAAAUUUUACCAGAGUGUUUUUUGAAGGCGAUGGAGAUUUUUGGAGAGACCCUGGAAGAACUCUACCUAAACGAGGUGUACCUGAAGACGGAACAAUCACGAACCUGGAACCAGGACUCGAGCAAAGUCCUCUGGAUCGGCAUGCCCAACCAACGGCCGGCCGAGGACUGCAAGUGGAUGGCCAUGACAUUGCGGGCCACCGCAUGCCGACUGCGAAUCUGCCGAGCGUCCUUCCUCGCCUAUGACCACUAUCUCCGAGAGGACACGUCCACUCAGCCGCAGCCGGAAUUUGAUCUCAUCGACCCAUGCGGCCUGGGCCGCAGCGUAUCCCAGCGAUUUGUCGAAGUCGUCAUGGGCAUUCGCCAACCCAACAUGCCUUCGGGAGAGGCAGUCGAAUUCUGCCCCCACGAUGCCGGGAACGACGUGCUCGUGCAGCAACUGAAGCCCAGAACCCGGCCACUGCGCGUUGACGAGUACGAUACCAAUGCUCACCAAAGUGCCGUGGACAAUACCACGUCAGAAUGGCAAAAGAGCAUUGACGGCAUAUUUCAUAAUUGCAAUUCGGGGACUCUAGAUGAGCUGCACUACAUUGCCGAAAAGGCCUGCCAGGGCAUGAAUGAGAUUCAUAGAAGACGGAGCGAGUGGACGGCUGGGAACAGCAUGGCCAAUGAGUACGUGGACAACUUGUUCAAUAUUCCGUCGGUUGAGGAUGCGCAAGACCCAAUGUAA